AUGUAUGAAAAGCCUGAUCAAGAUGGACUUGGAAGGAUGCCUUGCGAUUCUUUGAAGGACCUGUGGAUGACCAAGUUCUUGUAUCGCUCCUCUACUUCAAUGAUGUCGUUACAAAAUUUGAGGAGGCUAGUUCUUCAUGACAGUGAUUUUUGGUGUGAGAAGAAUGAGAAGGAAGAGAAGAUCAGAACUGAUGAUGGCAACGGGCUCUGCUAUUCUCAUCCACCUCUUCUUGCUAAAUUGGAAGAUCUUCUUAGAGAAGCAAUGUCAAGUGGUUACAUCCAGCUUUUGCAGUCGUACGCCCAACACCACAUAAUCUUCUGUGAGAAGGCUGUUCAUAUCAACUCAACAUGA